UCCUCAGGUCACAGACUCAGUUUGUUUAACAGCUUUCAGAACAAGAUGGAUCCACGUGUGUCGAAGUGUGAACUCGGGAACCAGAGUCAGACUGCUGCUCUCAGCUUUAGGGACAAACUGUCUGAUUUUCUGGACGGCCCAGACUAUGAAAUGCUGCUGGAGACAGCAAUGAACGGCCUCCCGCCCAGGCAGCACUGGCUGCCUAAUGAAGGCAUCGGGCCCGUGGAGCCAGUAGAGACCGGCCUCCUAUCACGUCAUGUUGUGAUUGUUGGAGCUGGCAUGGCUGGACUGACGGCGGCAAAGCUGCUGCAGGACAUAGGACACAAGGUGACCAUAUUAGAAGCCAGUGGUUGUGUGGGAGGACGAGUGCAGACCUACAGGGGUGAAGAAGACGACUGGUUCAUUGACUUAGGACCAAUGAGGAUCCCAAAAUCUCAUAAAAUCAUCCGCUGGUACGUGAAAUCACUCGGGCUCAAGCUAAAUGAAUUCAUCAUGAAAAACGACAGCACCUUCUACCUGGUCAAUGGGAUAAAGAAACGGACGUCUGAAGUAAAUGCAGACCCUGGUAUCCUGGGGUACAAGCUGGAGGGUCACGAGAAAGGGAAGUCGGCCGACCAGCUGCUACAACAAGCUCUGAAGAAGGCAUAUGACUAUGGGGACAAACAUGGCUGUUCUGAAUAUCUUAAGAAGUACGACCACUACUCUGUGAAGGACUAUCUGAAAACAGAAGGUGGUUUGAGCGCAGAAGCCGUGAGGAUGAUCGGAGACUUGCUCGACGAAGAGAGCAUCAUGCACAUGGCUCUGACUGAGAUGAUGUUCCUCAUGAACCUCAUCACCGACCGCAAAAAGUACGAUGAAAUAACAGGUGGGUUCGAUCUUCUCCCCAACGCUUUACACAAAACACUGGAGGUCCCUGCUCUCCUGAACUCCAAGGUGAAGCGUAUCAGUCAGUUAGAGAAAGGUGUCGUCAUAUCGUACAAGAAAGACAAAGAAUCCUCUCUGACAAUCCUUGAGGCUGACAUCGUCCUGGUAACCACCACAGCCAAAGCAGCCCAGUUCAUUGACUUUGAGCCACCUCUCCCCAAUAAAAAGAUGGAGGCCCUGAGGGCGGUCCACUAUGCAAGCUCCACAAAAAUCAUCCUCACCUUCAGUGAGAAGUUCUGGGAGAGAGACGGCAUCAAAGGAGGAAAGAGCAUCACCGACAGGCCCUCUCGUUUUAUCUACUAUCCCAGCCACAGUUUCACAAACAAGGACAUCGGCGUCCUCCUGGCCUCUUACACCUGGGCUGACGAAUCGCUUCUCUUCCUGGGAGCGAGUGAUGAGGACCUGAAAGAGCUGGUUCUGAGAGAUUUAGCUGCGAUCCACGGCGACCACGUCCGGUCUCUCUGCACAGGGGUGGUGGUGAAGAAGUGGAGCUUGGAUCCCUACAGCCUGGGCGCCUUCGCUCUCUUGACACCCUACCAAAACCUGGAGCACGCUAAGGAGCUCUUUAAAAGUGAAGGCAGGAUUCACUUUGCCGGUGCACACACCGGCUUCCCUCACACCUGGAUCGACACAGCUAUGAAAACUGCAAUCAGAGCUGCGAUCAACAUCUACUGGGCCGUGCUCAUGUCUCCAUCUAAACAAGAGACGAUCUCUGAGCCAUAACAUCUGAAAAAAUCAGUAUCAUUGUACUCCAUGGUUUUAGGGAAUCUUUAUAAUUUGUAAUCACUUAAUUUUUACAUUUAUUCAAUUGAAUGCAGAUGUUUGUCAUUUGGGCUUGAGAUUAGUUCCUUGUUCUGUUUUCUAUGCUUUUCAUUAAUUCUGGACCCAAUCGAUGGUUGUCUACGGUUUUAUUCUGGUACACAGGGCUACAUACAUGGAAAGAAUUUACCUGUUCAAAUUGUAUCUUUCAUAUUCGAUAAACACUGUUAAAAUGCAAAGAAAAUGACGUAUGUAAUCUGAUUGAUUUGAGUGUGUCAAUAAAGUCUAUAAUU